AACUAUCCAUGUACUGAGAAAGAUGAUUUAUUAGCUUGUGAAUCUUUUCUGGAUUUACUAUAGUAUUGGAUUAAGUGUGGCAGGAACUUGCUGUUCAGUUUUCUUCCAUUUAGGUUGUGCAUUCAUCUUUUAAGUUAGUGCUUUUAAAAAGAAGUCCUAAAUUUCACAAAUUAGAAUUCUUGCCCUGGCCAGAAAAAUAGAACUAGAAUAGACUGAAAAAUAAAUGUUUCUUUUCUGUAAGAAUUUGAGUGUAAUGAAGAGAGAGGAUUCUUGAGUGGUCUACCCUGGUCAUCUUUAAUUCUCAUAGACUGUUCCAAGUACCCCAUCAUGGUUUUCCUCUUUGAAUGUCAGCUUUAUCGAGGAAUAUAGACUCACCAUUGAAACCCAUGAAUCAAAUUUAUCUUUAGCACCACUUCAUUUAGAGAGAUCCUUAAUGAUGCUAUUGCUGCAUCUAUUUCUUUCAGAAGGCUAGCUAGCUGCUAAUUUGUUGGGAAUUCAUCGGGCACUUGGGCUCCUGGAGGGUUCUGCCUCAUUUGAUUUGUCUUGGCUCUAAAGAAUUAUGUGCUCAGAGGCAGGGACUAGAGCAGUGAAGUCAUUGCCCUGCCUGGUGUUGUGACAUCACUAUGACUGGAAGGAAACGAGGGUGGGGCAGGCAAAACCAGACGUCUGAAGCAUCUUGCUGGCUUUGACUUUGCCUGGUCCAUGAGUGAGACUCUCCUUGCUCAAGUUGAACUGCACCACAAGCAUCUCUGAAAUUGGGAUAGGUCUCCAAUGGCUCUCAGCCAUGUGGCAGAAAAAAAGCUGGCAACUUAAUGCAUUGAUUGUGAGUGUGCAUCAAAAAUUGGAGAUUGGAUGUCAACCGAUUGGAAGAAAAUCCUGGAGACAGUAAUGGAGCACUCUUAAGAACUGAUGCAGUUCCCGUGCUCUGGUGACACAGAAGAUGAUAUUGUGUGGAAAAGCAUAGACAACAGUAACUCUUAGUCAACAUGCAGUUUGGAAGAGGUGGAUUCUGAAUAUAACAAUCAACCAUGACGACCGAAUCCGGAUCAGACUCGGAAUCCAAGCCGGACCAGGAGGCCGAGCCCCAGGAGGCGGCGGGCGCGCAGGGGCGCGCGGGGGCGCAGCCGGGCCCGGGGCCGCCGGGCGCGGACGAGCAGCGCCAGGCCCUGGAGCAGUUCGCCGCCGCCGCGCACAGCACGCCCGCGCGGAAGGAGGUCACUGAUAAGGAACAGGAGUUUGCUGCCAGGGCUGCAAAACAGCUCGAAUAUCAGCAAUUAGAAGACGAUAAACUUUCUCAGAGGUCAUCUAGCAGUAAACUCUCUAGGUCUCCAUUAAAGAUAGUCAAAAAGCCUAAAAGCAUGCAGUGCAAAGUGAUACUUCUGGACGGAUCAGAAUAUACCUGUGAUGUAGAGAAACGCUCCAGAGGGCAAGUGCUGUUUGAUAAAGUGUGCGAACAUUUGAACUUGCUAGAAAAAGACUACUUUGGGCUUACAUAUCGUGAUGCUGAAAACCAGAAGAACUGGUUGGACCCUUCUAAAGAAAUAAAAAAACAGAUUCGAAGUGGUGCUUGGCACUUUUCAUUUAAUGUGAAAUUUUAUCCACCAGACCCCGCCCAGUUAUCUGAAGACAUCACCAGGUACUACCUCUGCUUGCAGUUGCGUGAUGACAUCGUAUCUGGAAGGCUGCCUUGCUCCUUUGUCACCCUGGCCCUGCUGGGCUCCUACACCGUCCAGUCAGAACUUGGAGACUACGACCCCGAUGAAUGUGGGAGCGAUUACAUUAGUGAGUUCCGCUUUGCACCAAACCACACUAAAGAGCUGGAAGACAAAGUGAUUGAGCUGCACAAGAGCCACAGAGGAAUGACGCCAGCAGAAGCAGAGAUGCAUUUCUUGGAAAAUGCCAAAAAACUGUCCAUGUAUGGGGUAGAUUUACACCAUGCCAAGGAUUCAGAAGGAGUAGAAAUUAUGUUAGGAGUUUGUGCAAGUGGUCUGUUGAUAUAUCGUGACCGACUGCGAAUAAACAGGUUUGCCUGGCCCAAGGUUCUAAAAAUUUCAUACAAACGGAACAACUUUUACAUUAAGAUCCGACCAGGAGAGUUUGAACAAUUUGAAAGCACCAUUGGGUUUAAGCUGCCAAACCAUCGAGCUGCCAAGCGUUUAUGGAAAGUAUGUGUCGAGCACCAUACAUUUUUCAGACUGUUGUUACCAGAAGCACCUCCAAAGAAAUUCCUGACCUUGGGUUCCAAGUUUCGCUACAGUGGCAGAACGCAAGCCCAAACAAGGAGAGCCAGCGCGUUGAUAGAUCGCCCAGCGCCUUACUUUGAACGAUCGUCCAGCAAACGUUACACCAUGUCUCGCAGCUUGGAUGGAGCAUCAGUGAAUGAAAACCAUGAAAUGUACAUGAAGGAUUCUAUGUCUGCUGCAGAGGUUGGUACUGGCCAGUACGCCACAACAAAGGGCAUCUCUCAGACCAACUUGAUCACCACUGUGACUCCAGAGAAAAAGGCUGAGGAGGAACGGGAUGAGGAAGAGGACAGACGGAAGAAGGCAGAGGAAGUCACGCCUGUCUCGGCCAUCCGGCACGAGGGAAAGUCACCUGGGCUUGGCACUGACUCAUGUCCCUUGUCACCCCCAUCAGCCCAUUGUGCCCCUGCCUCUCCCACAGAGCUGCGUAGGAGGUGCAAGGAGAAUGAGUGCAAACCAGCCGGUUGUGAGCCAUCCAAGGCUGAGCACGUGCACGGAGAGCCCUCCCUGGACUCUGACGGCCAAGGGAAGCCUUACCUAGGGGACCAAGAUGUGGCUUUUAGCUACAGACAGCAAACUGGCAAAGGGACCACCCUGUUCUCCUUCUCCUUGCAGCUCCCUGAGUCCUUCCCCUCCCUCCUAGAUGAUGACGGGUACCUCUCUUUCCCCAACCUUUCCGAAACCAACCUCCUGCCCCAGAGCUUGCAGCAUUACCUCCCAAUCCGCUCACCCUCGCUCGUGCCCUGUUUCCUCUUCAUCUUUUUCUUUCUGCUGUCUGCCUCCUUCUCAGUGCCAUACGCUCUCACUCUCUCCUUCCCUCUGGCUCUGUGCCUCUGCUACCUGGAGCCCAAGGCAGCCUCCUUGAGCGCCUCCCUAGACAAUGACCCGAGUGACAGUUCAGAGGAAGAGACCGACAGUGAGCGCACAGACACCGCGGCCGAUGGGGAGACCACUGCCACCGAGUCGGACCAGGAGGAAGAUGCAGAGCUCAAGGCACAGAAUAGUCUGAUUAAGCGAAUAAAGGGUGAAAAUGUAUAUGUCAAACAUAGUAAUCUUAUGUUAGAGGAGCUAGAAAAAACUCAAGAUGACCUCAUGAAACAUCAAACCAACAUUAGUGAGCUGAAGAGAACCUUCUUAGAAACUUCAACAGACACCGCCAUCACGAAUGAAUGGGAAAAGAGGCUUUCCACCUCCCCAGUGCGGCUGGCUGCCAGGCAGGAGGAGGCACCCAUGAUCGAACCACUAGUCCCUGAAGAGACCAAAGAAGAAAGAGAAAUUUCUGAAAAAGUUAUAUUUUUGCAGCAAGGAAGCUCUCCAUUCCUUGAGUCUCAGCCCAGUGUGAUAAAGAAAAUUCAGGAAGGCGACUCUGCUGACGCUAUGGUUACUUCUCGUCAAAUAAUUUUCCAGAAAACUGUCCCAUCGGCCCUAGAGGGCACAGAGGAUUGGGUUAUUGUAGACAAAAUACCCGCUGAGGUAGUUGAUGGUGAUUCGAGAAAGAUUGUGACUUACAAGGUGGUGACAGUGAGCAGUAGAACUGGUGACCUCCCGGCUGACCUGUUAAAAUCUGGUGCUAUUACCAUGGAGAGCUUCGAUGACUUGGCUCGAGACAUGCAACUGAAAGAAGACGGCAAAGAGAAAAUAUACACUCUGGGAAAAUCCUACGACACUGUCUCCGGAAGAAUUGUCACCAUGACCGGCAGAGCUAAAGAGGGGGAGAGAGUGGUGUCACCCUCCACUCUGGAAGCUCUAAAGAAAAUGGAGAGGGGGAUACCGGAGUCCGAGAAGAUCGCUCCUGUUCUGGCAGAAUACGAGGUCCUGGAGGCCCUUGCAGAUGAGAAAUCCAAGAGAGGCCCUGAGGCCCACACACCGAAGCGGAAGUUGUCGGAAUCCCUGGCGCCCAUCAAGGAAGCCGAGUCUCGGCGGCAGAGUCCUGAGGAGGACGACCUCAGGAAGGUCCCCGCGCCGGGGAAGGAUGCGGCUGUCCACCCUGGCCCAGAAAGUGGACGGUUUGGUAAAAAGGAGCAAGUGCUGGAGAGUGAGGUCUUAAAAGUGGGGCUCUUUGGGCCCCGAAGGAAGAGCCUAUCGGAAUGGAGAUACUCCCAGGAACCGGCCUUUACCGUGGCCACUGCACAUUACGUUACCGAGUCGUCGGCGUCCCGAGUGGCGACUAAGCAGAUUUCUGGCGAAAAACUCAUGGACGGCUCUGAAAUCUUCAGUUUAUUAGAGUCAGCGCGAAAACCAACAGAAUUCAUAGGAGGGGUUGCUUCUACUUCUCAAAGCUGGGUUCAGAAAAUGGAAAGCAAGACGGAGUCGGGCGGCACGGAGGCGCCGCCGGCCCCGCACGCCCCGCCGCCGCGCGCCGAGAAGGCGGCGCCGGAGACCGCGCUGGUGGAGGAGCGGCGCGUGAUGAAGGCGCACGCCAGCGGCGACGCGUCCUGCGUGGCCGGGGACGACGUGGAGGCCGCGCAGCCCCCCGCGGACGCUUCCGGUGCCAGAGGGAAGGAGGGCUCCGCUCUGGCCGAGGGGGCGAAGGAGGAGAGCGGGGAGGAGGCUGGGAAAGCCGCCCUAGAGCAGGAGGAGGCGGCCGCGGCCUCCCGUGAGCGGCAAGAGGAGCUGAGUACAGCCGUCCACGUUGCUGAGACUUUGGAACAUAAACCUCAUUUUGAGUCAUCAACUGUGAAGACAGAAACCAUAAGUUUUGGUAGUGUUUCGCCAGGAGCAAAGCUAGAAAUUUCUACCAAGGAGGUGCCAGUCGUGCACACUGAAACAAAAACUAUCACGUAUGAAUCAUCACAGGUGGAUCCUGGGACGGAUCUGGAGCCGGGUGUGCUGAUGAGCGCACAGACGAUCACGUCUGAAACCACCAGCACCACCACCACCACGCACAUCACCAAAACCGUGAAAGGCGGCAUUUCGGAGACAAGAAUUGAAAAGCGAAUAGUCAUCACAGGAGAUGCAGACAUUGACCAUGACCAGGCGCUGGCUCAGGCAAUUAAAGAGGCCAAAGAGCAGCACCCUGACAUGUCAGUGACCAAAGUAGUGGUCCAUAAAGAGACAGAGAUCACACCAGAGGACGGAGAGGAUUGACCAGAGGAAUAAUUUAGUUUGCACACGAAUCCGGUCAUGCAAACCAUUAGGAAAACCAGAGCCUAUAUGGAGUUCCCUCUUCUAACCCAACUGACUUGUAUCUGUCUGUGGAAAAUUUCAAUCCAGAAGAAUUGACCUUGACCAUUCAUAAAGACACUGGCAGAGAGAUCUUCCCAUAAUAAAGCAAUCUGAAUCAGCAUCACUAAACUGAUACUGCAUGAAGCAACGAUAAAAUUACAAAAGAGCAGCAUUUUUAAUUUCACAAAAUGUCUAAGUUUUCAGCUAUACCUGCACGUUCAUAACCAACAAUAUAAACCGUGAUCUCAUGUAACACAUAAACAAUUCAUGCCUUUCAUAGUUUAUUAUUAAAGUCUUAAACAGAAUUGCAGUUUCUUAGAUGACAGAUCUUUUGUUUACAGAUAAAUGAAGAUUACCCUAAAAUACUAGAAGCUGUCUAGGUCUGGUGUGUCAAAUUUAUCCCAGAUUAGAUGUGCCAAUAACCGAGUUUAUUCAGUAAACAACUUGAAUCUUGUACUUGUUUCAUCUGGUUUUAUUACUCUUCAUCCGUAAACAGUAAUUACUCUCUGACCCUCUGGAAAUAUUUAACGCUUACAAUCUUGCUUUGUGUAUCUAAUUUCAUUCUUCAUAAGGUAGUACUGAUUUUAGCAUAUUAAUUGUGAUUUCUUCCUACUGUCUGCUUUGGUCUGCGUUUAAUCCGGAAAGCUCUCCAGAGUUCCCGAACAAGUCCCAAAUAUGUAAAUUGUCAUUAUUUUGGGAAGAAAACCCUGUAUUUUUGUUAGUUUACAAUAUUAUGACAUUUCACUCCAGGAGAACCUGUUGGGCUUCUAUUGCUUUGUUUUCUUUCUUUGUUUCUUUUUCCUUGUGUUUUUUAAAUUGAUUUUUCUUCUUUUACUUGAAAAAAACAUGUUUUAUUUCCAAAUCUGGUCCGUAUUUACAACCUAGUUCAGAGCCAAGCCUUAAACUGUACAGACUUUCCACUGUAAUUAAAACUAUUUAGUGGUUAGUUAUAAAUAGCCUUCAAAAAGAUAUAUUCUCCAUUACACUGUCACCUGCAUCACAGCCCACGGUGAAUGUAUGUUUCUGCAUAACGAAAUAAAAACAGUAAAUGCACUGAAA